UUCCUCCUCAGGGAGCUGAAUGUGCAAACAGCUCUGAAGUUUGUUCAUACCUCUUUUCAUGGAGUUGGACAUGACUACGUGCAGUUGGCUUUCAAAGCGUUUGGCUUCCAGCCUCCCAUUCCAGUACCUGAACAAAAAGAUCCAGAUCCAGACUUCUCCACUGUCAAAUGCCCAAAUCCUGAAGAAGGGGAAUGUGUGCUGGAGUUGUCGCUGAGGCUUGCAGAGAAGGAAAGUGCUAAGGUAGUAGUGGCCACUGAUCCAGAUGCAGAUCGACUAGCAGUGGCGGAACAGCAGGAGAAUGGGUGCUGGAAGGUGUUCACUGGCAAUGAGCUAGCAGCUUUGUUUGGGUGGUGGAUGUUCUCAUGCUGGAAGGAAAACUGCUCUGAAGAUGCUGAUGUGAAGAACAUUUACAUGUUGGCGACCACAGUGUCCUCAAAGAUUCUGAGGGCAAUUGCACUUAAAGAAGGAUUUCACUUUGAAGAAACACUCCCUGGAUUUAAGUGGAUUGGAAGUAGAGUAAAAAAUCUCCUAGAUAAUGGGAAAGAAGUUCUCUUUGCAUUUGAAGAGUCUAUUGGUUUCAUGUGUGGCACAUCAGUGUUGGAUAAAGAUGGUGUAAGUGCAGCUGUGGUCAUAGCUGAGAUGGCAACGUACCUGGAGGGCAAGAACCUCUCGCUAGCACAGAAACUCAUUGAGAUAUAUGAAACGUACGGAUACCACAUAUCAAAGACUUCCUAUUUCUUGUGCUAUGAUCCUCCUACUAUCAAAAGGAUAUUUGAGAGACUUCGGAACUUUGAUGCUCCUCAGUCUUAUCCCAAACUUUGUGGCGUUUACAAUAUCUUACAUGUACGAGAUGUCACCACUGGCUAUGACAGCAGCCAGCCAAAUAAGAUAUCGGUGCUGCCAGUGAGUAAAAGCAGCCAGAUGAUCACUUUUACCUUCCAAAAUGGUUGCGUUGCCACCCUUCGGACAAGUGGGACAGAACCAAAGAUCAAGUACUAUGCAGAGAUGUGUGCACUGCCUGAGCAGAGUGACAGAAACGUGCUGGAAGAAGAACUUCAGAAGCUGAUUGAAGCUUUGAUUGAGAACUUCCUUGAACCUGAUAAGAAUGGACUGAUCUGGCGCUCGGCUUAGAUCUGCUGGCCCUGGUGUUCAGAGCAGUGACCCUCUGCCCUGUGUCACAAAGGAACCAAGAACACAACUCAGUUUAAUAUAUAUGUGUGUGUGUAUGUGUGUGUGUGAUAAACAGCUAUGGUUUUAGUCUGUAAAGGAGCAUUCUUCUGUCAGGUUUUCCCCAAAAGAAAAUUGGAAAAGCAAAUUGGGAUAAGGAAAAGGAUGGAAUUUCUUCCUACAGUUCUCUAUCCUUUUGACCAAAAGACUUGGUUAACCUGCACCAAUGCAAAUGAACUGCCCUCGUAGGUUUAAGACAGAUCUUAACCACUAGAUUGUGUCUUCAACUCGUUUCAGGUACCAAGUAGCUUUUGUGUGAAAAGGCUUUCUAAUCAGAUAGUCACUUAAAGGAAGCAAUUGCUCCAGCCUGACAAAGAAGCCUGUUUCUUCCUAGCUGUUGUGUGUGAGUGUAGGUAUCAUGACAGCUCUUCAUUUCCCAACAAGUGGAGGUAGAGUCCAGUGCUUUGCAUUCCUUGUUUAGGCAGGUUGUUCAAUAUGACCUUUUUCAGCUCCUGAAGUAACUUUAUGGUGUUCAAGGUGCUCUUGGUGCACUGUAACUUUCCUGUGUGUAUCUUACUUACUCAACGGUGUAACAAUAGUGGCUCCACUUGCAGCCUGGGUUUGGAUUACACAGUGCUUCCAGAGGGAUAGAAACUUACUCAUUCCCUGGUUAAAUUGCCCAUUAGAAUGACUUUGCAACUGCUUUCUUUUAGCCCAUGGCCUGAAGGGAGAAAGAGACCUUAAACCUUUUAGUAAAGGUGUCAGAAAUCCAGUAACUUUGACUGAAAAUUCCAGUUGGUGACUUUUGGGGGGGUUUAUGGCUUGAAUUCCUAUUGUCUGUGUAUUACAAAAGGAGCAGACAUGGAGGUGAGACCCGGACACCAUCAUAUUUUCUUUUCUAGUUACUAAGCCAUUACUUUUUGUGAUGUCUUGUAAGCUAAUUUCUGUUACAGCAUCAAUUGCAAAUACUCUUUUUUUCUCUUUUAAGGCAUAUUUCUAACAACUUCCCAUCUGUUUCCUACAUUUGCUUGAGUAAAAUGGUACAGCUCAUCCCUUUUUCCCCC